AUGGAGGCGAGCAAACUCAGGGCCCGCGUGGGCAGAGGCCGUAGGAGAGAGGCCGGUCUCGGUCAGAUAACGACGGGGAGCAUUCUGGACACGAACGGUGCUCGAAAAGACCGCUCGCAGUCUCCAGACUUCCUGAAGAGGAGAACGGGCCACCAGCUGUGGUGUCUGAUGGUUGCUCAGACAUCUGUUCCAUUCUCAACCAACAGACAGAAACAUCAGGAGCAGUGUCCCAUCUGUCCAUCCCUCAACACCAUGGGGCAAAAGUCUGUCCAGAAUAACAGCCUGUCUUUCCACUUACCGUCCUUGCCAAGCCAGACUAGAACGGGGUGCGUCCCUCCGGACUCAGCAGUCUCCCGCUUUGAGACCUGCUGCCCGGAAGCUGCCAUCACUGCGUUGCUGACCUCUCUUGUAUCUGACGUGCUGUCCGGAGACGUCCCUCGAGGGCCAGGCCAGAACAUGGAUGAUCAUUGCCUCUCUACGGAGGACGACCUGCCGGUGUACCUCGCCCGUCCCGGCACGGCGGACCAGGUGCCCCGGCAGAAGCACGGCGGCUUGUUCUGCAGCGUCCAGGACGCGUUCGAGAGCAAAACCAUCGACUUUGACGCCCUCAGCGUCGGGCAGAGGGGCUCCCGAACCCCGCGGACCGCCAGAAGGACCGGCGAGGACGCGCGGUCCCCGGCCGGCGAGGACCGGUGCGCCCCAACGGACUCCACGCAAGUUGAGAGCAGAGCCCCCGGAGGUAAAGAGGGGAUGCAGGACCCCGGAGAGGAAAAG